AUGUCGUCAGGGGAAUUCCAGCAGAACACCUCGAUAAACCUCACACACCCAUCUCCGAGAUCAUUGCGCUGUUUGGUCUUUGAUUUCAACGAUAAUGUGGCACAGGUAAGCUAAAUAAUCCUCGGAGGAACAUGUUGCCAGAAAGAAGCUCUGCAGCACAUCCGUUGACGUCUUUACCUCAUUAUUUACAGGUCCCAGGAGAGAAAGAGAACCACAAGGCAACAUCAUUCCAUUAAACCUUGGGUGUAAAAUCACCAAACACGAGAAGUAAAGAAAUGGAAGGCAAGAGAUACCCCUCAUCUUCUGCUCAAUUUUCGGUCCCUAAAAGGGAGGGCCAGCUUUCGUUUGACGAGAAAAAAUUCCUCUUGUCCGUUGAAAGAGGUGACUUAGCGUCAGUCCGUAGGUACUUGGAGAGCAACAUCGAGAAGAGUUAUAUCGACAUUAAUUGCGUUGACCCCUUGGGCCGUUCCGGUCUCCUAAUGGCAAUAGACAACGAGAACUUAGAGAUGCUGGAGCUUCUGAUUGAUUUUAAAGUGGAAACGAAGGACGCCUUACUCCACGCAAUUAGCGAAGAGUUUGUGGAAGCGGUAGAGGUGUUGCUUGAACACGAGGAGAAUACUCAUAAUGAGGGAGAACCACAUAGUUGGGAAGCUAUAGAUAGAGACAUAGCAACCUUCACUCCAGAUAUCACACCUUUGACCCUUGCCGCACAUCGGGACAAUUAUGAAAUCAUAAAAAUAUUGCUAGAUCGUGGAGCUACACUUCCAACUCCCCAUCACGUCCGGUGCGGAUGCAAAGACUGCGUAGUAGCGAGCUCGGAGGACAGUUUACGACAUUCUCGUUCCCGUAUCAAUGCUUAUCUUGCUCUAGCUUCGCCCUCAUUAAUCGCACUUUCUAGUAAGGACCCUAUUCUAACGGCCUUUGAACUGAGCUGGGAGCUUCGACAGUUGAGCUUCAUGGAACAUGAGUUCAAGAAUGAUUAUCAGGAUCUCAGGCGUCAAUGCCAAAAUUUUGCCACAGCGUUGCUGGAUCAUACCCGCAGUUCGUAUGAAUUAGAGGUUAUGUUGAACUACGUCCCUAGCGGCCCAGCUUUUCACCAUGGUGAUCGCAUGCAUUUGAGUCGUCUAAAACUGGCAAUUCGAUAUAAACAGAAAAAGUUCUGUGCCCAUCCGAACGUUCAACAGCUCCUAGCGUCCAUCUGGUACGAAGGUUUGCCUGGUUUUCGGCGAAAGAACGUUGUCCUCCAGUGUUUAGAAAUCUUCCGGAUCGGGGCUCUCUUUCCGUUAUAUUCCACCGCUUACAUUCUUGCUCCGUAUUCUCGCUUCGGCCGGACCAUCCGUCGGCCUUUUAUCAAAUUCAUCUGUCAUUCUGCUUCCUACGUCACAUUCCUAUUUCUACUUAUUCUUGCAUCUCAACGUGUAGAUAGUGUGCUGAUUGGUUGGUUUGAAACGAAGGAAAUGAAUGAUAUGGUGACAAAACGAGGGGCUCCUCCCUCUAUUAUUGAAUGGAUGAUCUUAGCUUGGGUAGCAGGGUUAAUCUGGAGCGAGAUUAAGCAACUCUGGGAAUCAGGGCUUAUAGUGUACAUUAGUGAUAUGUGGAAUAUAAUUGACUUUAUUACAAAUGCGCUAUACGUGGCAACCGUAGCUCUUCGAAUAGUUGCCUAUUUCCAGGUACAGAAAGAAAUAAUACUAAAUACUGGCACUGCCUAUCUCCCUCGGGAACGUUGGGAUGCCUGGGACCCCAUAUUGAUAGCUGAAGGGCUUUUCGCGGCAGCCAAUAUUUUUAGUUCGCUGAAGCUGGUUUACAUAUUCUCGGUAAAUCCUCACCUUGGCCCUCUCCAGAUAUGUCUGGGUAGGAUGGUCAUUGAUAUCCUCAAGUUCUUCUUCGUCUACACAUUGGUAUUAUUUGCCUUUGCCUGUGGAAUGAACCAGUUGCUGUGGUGUUAUGCCGACUUGGAGAAGAAAACCUGCGAAGAAAGUCUGAGAUCUCCUCAUAAUAAAACUGAUCCAGUUGCUUGUUUAACAUGGAGGAGAUUCGCCAACGUGUUCGAGUCGUCACAGACGUUGUUUUGGGCAAGUUUCGGUUUGAUAGAUCUGGACAGCUUUGAACUGACCGGGAUUAAAAGCUACACCCGUUUCUGGGGAAUGUUAAUGUUCGGCACCUACUCCGUAAUCAACAUCGUCGUCCUCUUGAAUCUUCUCAUCGCCAUGAUGAACCACUCGUAUCAGAUGAUCUCGGAACAGGCAGAUACAGAAUGGAAAUUUGCACGAAGUAAGUUAUGGAUGAGUUACUUUGAAGAUGGCGCCACCGUUCCACCUCCUUUUAAUAUUAUCCCUACUCCCAAAUCUUUUUACUACCUUCUUCGCUGGAUUGUCAGAAAGUUUUGUGGAUACUCAAGAUCAGAAAAGAAAGAAAAUAUUAAAACAUAUCGUAAACAAGCCAAAAAAGCAAGCGAGAGGAACCUCCGUUAUCAAACCAUCAUGAGAAACCUGGUUCGCCGGUAUAUAACCAAAGAACAAAGACGCGCUGAUCAUCAAGGCGUGACCGAAGACGAUGUGAACGAGAUUAAACAGGAUAUCUCAUCUUUUCGCUAUGAACUAAUGGAAAUCUUAAAAAACAGUGGAUUUAAUACUUCCGUAGCAAAAGGACAAUCACAAGGAGCUGGUGGCAAAAAAGGCAGAUUAAAGGAGCGUCGUUUGAUGAAAGGGUUCAAUAUUGGUCUUGUCGAGGAAUCAGAAAAAGCAGAUUUAAAUACAGAUAACUCUAAAAAAUCAGCAACUAAUAGGUUUGUCAGAGCUGCUCGUCUGGCCUGUGAAAAUAAAAAUACGAAAAGACGAAAAUGGGACAACUUAGUGGAAGCAACAAAGAACGCACGCGCUGCCAUUUCUAAAGGUCGAAGUGAGGAGUCCAAAAGCGAGCAUGAAUCAUCAGAAAACCAAAGUCAAUAUGAGGUUUCCAGUGAAUCUAAUGCGAGUGUUGUUUUAUCCCCUGACGCCUGUAGUGCAGAAGAAGUUAAAAAAGAUCAGCUUGAUACAGUCAUAGAACUCCCUGAGACCAAGUUGGCCCGAUUUGGUCGGAAAUUUGGAAGUUUGACCUUUACCCGUUCCAAGUUAAGAUUUACCUUUCAAGAUCAGAAUAAAUACUCAGCUGAAAGGGUUCAGUCGGUUCCUAAAUUGACAGAAAUUCCAGAGAAAUGGAAAAUGGAGAAUACAGUCAGCGAUAGUGGACCCAGUUUGUUACAGUCAUCUUUAAGAGCCUGUUCACUGAAUUCUCUAUCCGACCACUCUCCCCCACCCUCUGUGACUUCUAUUCCCUUAAAAGUUGUUGUAUCCGAAAGAAGAUCCCCUUCAGUUCCAAGUUGUGUUGAAUCGAAUAUUUCCAUGUCAUUUACUGGAUCUUGUGAUUUUUCUCAAAAUCAAAACAUGAUUUAUAAGGUCCAAGGGGAACAACCUAAUAAACUGAAAAGGCCAUUUGUUAUCCCUAUAGGGGAGGCAAGUCACGCAGCUAGUUCCUUUUAUGGCAGUUCAGACAGUAAUAUUCCUGGAGUUAUCAAAAACAGUUCUUCGUGUGAACAAACACUGAUAAGAUCCGACAAAACUGCAAACGGACCUAUUAAGAUGAUGUCUCGUGUGCACGGAAUCGAACCAGCAGACAAACAGAUGUCCAUCGGUUGGAUUUGAUAACUGGUUAUAGAUUGUAUUGCUGUUGCUUGAAUAAUUUUGUACAGAGCUGGUGAUCCAGUUG